AUGGGCGUUGAAGAUCACAACGAGGAGCGUCGCGGCUCCGUCGCCCUCCAGACUGCCGAAAAUGUCGAGCAGAUCGAGGCCCCCGUCACCUGGAAGGCCUACCUGAUGUGCGCCUUUGCCUCAUUCGGUGGUAUCUUCUUCGGCUACGAUUCCGGUUACAUCAACGGUGUCAACGGCUCAAAGUACUUCAUUCACCAGGUCGAGGGCGCUGGUGCUGAUAAGCUCAGCGAGAGCCACCAGUCUCUGAUCGUCUCUAUCCUCUCCUGCGGUACCUUCUUUGGUGCCCUCAUCGCUGGUGAUCUUGCUGACCGCAUUGGUCGCAAGUGGACUGUCAUUGCUGGUUGCUUUAUCUACGCUCUUGGUGUUGUUAUUCAGAUGAUUACUGGUCAUGGUGAUGCUCUUGCUUGCAUCGUUGUCGGUCGUCUCAUUGCCGGUAUCGGUGUCGGUUUCGAGUCUGCCAUUGUCAUUCUUUACAUGUCUGAGAUUUGCCCCAAGAAGGUCCGUGGUGCCCUCGUCGCCGGUUACCAAUUCUGCAUCACCAUCGGUCUCCUCCUCGCUGCCUGCAUCGUCUACGGAACCGAGAACUUCGACAACAUGAAGUCCUACCAGAUCCCCAUCGGUCUCCAGUUCCCCUGGGCCGUCAUCCUCGGCGGUGGUCUCUUCUUCCUCCCCGACUCUCCUCGAUACUUCGUCAAGCGUGGCCGCAUCGAAGAGGCCAUCGACGCCCUCGCCAGGGUCCGAGGUCAGCCCAAGGACUCUAAGUACGUCCAGUCCGAGAUCGCCGAGAUCAUCGCCAACGAGGAGUACGAGCGCCAGAUCAUUCCCUCUACUUCUUUCUUCGGCAGCUGGGCCAACUGCUUCAAGGGUAGCCUCUGGGAUGGCAAGUCUAACCUUCGCCGAACUAUCCUCGGUACUUCUAUGCAGAUGAUGCAGCAAUGGACCGGUGUCAACUUCAUCUUCUACUACUCUACUCCCUUCCUCCAGUCCACUGGUGCUAUCGACAACGUCUUCCUCAUCUCUCUCGUCUUCACCCUCGUCAACGUCUGCUCCACUCCCCUCUCCUUCUGGACUGUUGAGCGAUUCGGUCGCCGAAGCAUCCUCCUCAUCGGUGCCUUCGGUAUGCUUGUCUGCCAGUUCCUCGUCGCCAUCAUCGGUGUCACCGUCGGCUUCAACCACACCCACUCCUCCCCCACCGCUGACGAGCCCGACCGCAUGAUCGCCAACAACAUCAGCGCCGUCAACGCCCAGAUCGCCUUCAUCGCCAUCUUCAUCUUCUGGUUCGCCUCCACCUGGGGCCCCGGUGCCUGGAUCGUCAUCGGCGAGAUCUUCCCCAUCCCCAUCCGAUCCCGCGGUGUCGGUCUCUCCACCGCCUCCAACUGGCUCUGGAACACCAUCAUCGCCGUCAUCACCCCCUACAUGGUCGGCGAGAACCGAGGCAACCUCAAGUCCUCCGUCUUCUUCAUCUGGGGCGGUCUCUGCACCUGCGCCUUCGUCUACACCUACUUCCUCGUCCCCGAGACCAAGGGCCUGUCUCUCGAGCAGGUUGAUAAGAUGAUGGAGGAGACCACUCCCCGAACCUCUGCCAAGUGGCGCCCUCACACCACCUUUGCCCAGACCAUGGGUGCUGGUGAUGUCAAGGUUGUCCCCAAGACUGAGCAUGACGACCACGUCUAA